AUGAGUACUACUAAAAUUCCAAAGAAGCCAUCUGAGAGAGGCUCCUUUGCGUCAAUUUGUAGCAUUAAAUCUCAAGCUUCACUCAUUGAUAAGCAAUCUAGCAAAUAUUCUAACUUUACUAGUUUUCUCCCGCCUAAAAAUCCGAUUAUCCAAGAAGUUAUUCAAGUGCAUAUUAAAAAUCGUGAAGCCAAGCAAAUUAAAUUGAAAAAUCCGAUGAAAUACAAUGAUAGAAAAAACGACUUUCGACAACAAAAAGCUACAUCAGAACAAAUGAACUACAUACAAGACGACAUUACUAUGGACGAAACUACAGCAACAAGCGCUUUGUAUCAUUUAAUAAAUAAUUUUGAUAAAUUUACACGUGAAAAAUUCAUUCCAGGAACAUAUCUAAUACCAGAAGGAAUUCUCAAGACUUCACGAACAACUAUUCUUGACAAGACCUUAAAUGUUGAUCACGUAGACCGUUGGUGGGAUCAUAACUAUCAAUUUGACGAAAAAUACAAAAAAUACAAAGCUUAUGAUGAUAUCAACGGAUGCAUCAGCUUCAUUAUUGAUUUAAUGCACAAAGGAUAUCAAUUUAAACAAGCAGAUGAAGAUAUUUUCAAAACAAUUUUGACAAAUUUCGUAAUUAAUUUCGAUUUCGCACCAGAAGAACAAAUAUGGUCAGUUGCAUUGACUGCUAAAGGAAUGCCAUACAUGCAAAUAGCAGAUGUUAUAAAUGGAAUCUUUUAUUAUGAUAAUAACAUUGCAAAUGAAGAUUUGGCAAAAAUUUGUGUCACUUUUGCUUUACACGGGGAUGUUUAUGAAUACAACAAAACGGAGUAUUUGAAGAACAGUGUUCCACAAGCAGAUGAAACCAUAGUAAUGCGACAAAUAGAAGAUUUAUUAUCACAAAAAGAAACUGUAACUCUAGAAAGAAUUGCAAAAGAAACAAUGAUAUUUGUGAACCAGAAAAACACAUAUUUACAAAAAGUUUAUUAUCUUAUAGAUAAAGGAAUGCAGAAGAAACCUUUAUAUGAUCCAAGCCAAUAUGAUGAAUUCCUUAAAAAAGAAAUUCCUCCUUAUGAAUUUACAAAACCUGCAAUUGAUGAAGAUUAUUUAUUAAAUAUGAUAAUUGUUCGAUGGUUAUUGAUGUUUUGCAAGCUUCUUCAGUUCAUUAAUCCAAACUCUGAUAACAUUACAACUCCUAAGAACAAAAUGAUUGAAAGUCAUCCAUCAGAUGAUGCAGAAUCAGUUCAUCAAAGAGAUGUUAAACAGAUUUUAUCACAACUUCAAGAUGACAUGUCAUAUUUGAAAGAAAAAUAUAAGAAUAACAAAGGAAAUAAAGAAGAUCUUAAUCGAGAAAUUAAAGAAUUAAUUCAAAACGCGGAUAGAGAUUUAAGACUUAAAACUCAAGCUAUUGUUCGUGCAAGACUUAGCCAAUCAAGAUGUUUACCUGUAAAUGCUUUCAAAGAAAUUGUUCAUGAAAAGAGAAUUGUUAAAUCAACUUUAGCAAAACCACUUCCACCUUUAGAAGCCGUUAAACCUCCAAAUCUUGAGAAAACACUUGAUUCUAUGGAUUUACAACCAAUUGGUCCAAUCGGACGUCCUGAACAGCGCGUUUGUACAACAGUUACACCAACAAGACAAAGACAUAUUCCAGAGAAUCCAAGAAUUUCACUUCCUAAAAGAGAUUUCCAUGAUCCUGGAGCUCCUCUUCCUGAUUUAGAUCCAAAACUGUUCAAGAAAUAUGGCUUGAAUCAAUUAAAUGAAUCAGGACUUAUCAAUGACCAAACAGUCAAACAGCAAUUGGAUGGCUUGAUCACAGUUUCGCCUUUCGUUUACGAUUUCACGAAAUCAAUCAAACCAGUUCAAAAUCCAGAUUUAUACAUAUUAGAUACGAACUCUGAAAAGGCUCCAACACCGAAAUCAGAUCGCAGUACCAUUGAACCACCUGCCCCAUUACCUAAAUCAAGUACAAUUCAAUCAGGAAGAGCUCAUUUACGCUUGCAAUUCAUCAAUGGUGAUCCACUUACUUAUACACAAGAUUACAGAGAUUUCAGAAGAGAAAAUACAAAUGUUUGGGAACAAAUCGAAGUUGUUUUCCAGCUCUUAAAACACGCAUGCAAUACAUAUGGAUUUUCCAAAGUUAUGGUUGAUGGAAAUGCUGUUUUAGAUUUGUUACAAUACGAUCCUGAUGAAAUUUCCGAAGAUAGAUUGAUGCUUUGCUUCAUUGAUAUUCCUCCUGAGAAAAAGAGAAGAAAAUGCACAAAGAUUGGUGUUGGUUUUGUUGGUCCUAAUGCUGAAAACAAGGCUGCAACAGUUAUCCAGUCUGUUUGGAGAGGCUUCUAUGCAAGAAGAGAAGUAAGAAUGAUUAGAAGAACAGGAGCUGCUGUUAGAAUCAUCCAGAGAUGGUACAGAGCAAUGAUUGCUUAUCAUCAAUUGAAGAAGAACUUGAAAGUCGAAGUCGAUAGAAGAAUUAACAAAUACUCAGUCAUCCAACAGGAUUCAAGUAUGUUCGAUCCUGAUAUGCCUCAUGUUGUUGUCCAUUUAGUUGAUGGUCAUUCUUCUAUUGAAUACGGCAGAUUGAUUGAAUUGAGAAAUCAUGGUAUUAUUUUGAUAAUUUUCUCAAGAAAACAAUUGCCAUUAUCAACAAUAGAAGAGUUCAAACAAAAGGCAGGUGAUCAGAAAGUUCAGUUCUUAGUUGCACAACAGAGAUUACCAAAGACAUUACCUAUCGAAGAUGUUAUUGCAAGUGAUUCAAGAACUUUAUCAAAAAUUAAAAAUAUCGCAGGAACAUUGCCGAUAGUUAUUCGUCCAAAGGCUCCUUCUCAUUCAUUAGUUGAAGUUUCUGUUAAACUAAAUGCUCACGUGUUUGCUCCUGCACCUAUCAAAGUAUCUCUCUUGAAUUCGCACGAAGCAAUUCGUAGAUUAUUCGAAAGUGCAGGUUGCCAAUUGUUCAAAGCAACAGAUGUCAUUUUCGACAGAUUUACUUUGUGUCAAACUCUUGCACAGUUAACAAUAGAUAACUUAGAUGCAAUGAUGUGGAUGUUGAGAUUGAAUACUGGUGAAUUCGCUUGGAUUGCAACAGAAGAAAUGUCCCUUUUAGAGAAAAUGAGAGAUCACAAAGCAAUGCUUUCAGAUGAUGACUUAAAAGAUCCUCAUUUCAAAGAACUCGUUGCACAAAACAUUCUCAAUGAUUUACCAAGUAUUACAUUCACUGUUCCUCCUUUAGAACCUCAAAAUUUCUUGCAACAAGUCUGGGAGAAAGGUGGCGUAAUCGAAGUUGCUCCUCAAAUGAUCAGAUCAGCUCCUGCAGCAACAAUUCUGAUACCUCCUGCGGGACAAAGACCUGUUAUCACAGCAACUUGGGAGAGAUUAUAUAUCUCAGCAUUCGAAGAAUUCGCAAAGAUUUAUCCAGCAUUUAUGGAGCCGCAAAAAAAGUUGAUGGGAGAACUCAAGAGUAUAUCAAAAGAACUUGCUGCUAAAGAGAUCUAUGGAUACUCCACCAUUAACUUCUACUAUUCCGCCAAGCAAACGGAUGACAAAGAGAACAGAUUCAAGAUGAAUUUAUAUAUUGAUUCGAUUGGAAUUUGUUCUGAAAACCAAAUUUUGUCACAAUGGCUCGCAGAAAAUGAAACUAAUACAGCAUUCGAUGAUGAGCACUACUGUUAUUCAGAUAAGAAAUAUAUCUAUGUACAAGAGAACUUCAAAGUUCCAAAGAUAAUGUCGUUCAAUGAUAUGUACAACAAACUAAGUUUAUCUGGAUUACCUGUUAGAACAAAAAUCAAAUUUGUUCAUGAUCUGAUUGAUCCUUACACAAUUGGUAUUGUCGUUGUUGAAGAGUCUCCAAGUGCUUUGAUUCAUUUAGUCUAUAAUACAUUCUGCUGUUUGGCUAUGAAUGUUUACAAUUUAAGCGAAGAUCCACAUAACAUCAUCUUCACUUACAUCCAAGCUUUGGAAUUCUUGCGAGGCCAGUUGACAACAACAAAGAUAUUAAACACAACUGUUUUGAUGAAGAGAAUCAAGAAGGGAGAAGCAAAUCCAUUACCAGAAGGAGAGAACAAUGAAGAAAUGAACGAAGAAUUCGUUGAUGAUCAAGAAAAAGAUAAAGAUGAAAAGAAAGACGAGAAAGAAGCAAAGGAAGAAGAAGAGAAGAAUGAAAACUUGCCAGACCUGAAAGAAUUGGUUGUUUUGGACUCAGCUUCAACUACGGCAACAAACAAAACAACAAAGACAGAAGAAGAAGAUCAUAAAGAACAAGAAGAGAAAAGUAAUCCCGAAAAUGAUAAGAAACCUGAACCAGAAGUUCAUCCAACUCCUAAUCAGUCAUCAGAAAAACUUCUUAAAUUUGAUUCUAAAGAUAAAAUUGAUGUUCAAGCAAAUAAUCAACAAAACGAAGAAACUAAACCUGAUAAUACUCAAAGUGAGAGCAAACCUGAAGAAAAUAAUAAUGAGCAAACACCUUCCGAAGCUAAAACUGAAGAAAGCAAACCAGAUAAUUCAUCAAAUGAGGAUACAAAACAAAACGAAUCAACUGAGAAACAAGAAACUGAGAACAAAAUCGAAAAUAAAGAAGAUGUCAAACCUUCUACCGAUGAAAACAAACCUGAAGAAGAAAAUACUAAAACUCAAGCUGAAGAGAAGAAAGAAUGA